AUGAAGAGGAUUUCCGUGCUGCUUCUGCUGAGCACCCUCCUGGGAACGCCAGCGGUACCUUCCCGGCGUCCCUUGUGUUACAAGAGGGCCCUCAAAGGCCACAGCUGUCACAACAUCCCUGAAGGCAUGGAGAACCUCCAACAAAUCGACGAAGGUCUACAAGAUCACUUUUGGGAAGGGAAGGGCUGUGAGGUGAUCUGUUACUGCAACUUGAAUGAACUGCUCUGCUGCCCAAAGGAUAUUUUCUUUGGAUCAAAGAUAUCUUUUGUGAUUCCCUGCAACAGCAACUGAUGGACAUCGAGUUUGCCAGUGAAAAC